GUCGCUUCCAAACAAACUUGGUUUUCUGACUCAAAGCAUUUUAAUCUGAAAGAAGCGAGAUGUUGCACACGAUCCUGUCUGUGACGGUGAGGGAUGUGAGAUUCCCCACGUCUCUGGAGCAGCACGGCUCGGAUGCGAUGCACACAGACCCGGACUAUUCAGCCGCUUAUGUGGUGCUAAACACGGACUGCGGACUGAAAGGCUUCGGCUUCACCUUCACGUUAGGAAAAGGCACCGAGAUCGUGGUGUGUGCUGUCAAGGCUCUGGCAGGACUGCUGGUUGGGAAAACUCUCCAGGAGAUCGUGAGCGACUUUAGAGGGUUUUACCGACUCCUGACCAGUGACAGCCAGAUGAGAUGGCUGGGUCCAGAGAAAGGCGUGAUCCACCUGGCCACCGCGGCCGUCCUGAACGCAGUGUGGGACCUGUGGGCGAGGGCCGAGGGGAAGCCGCUGUGGAAGCUGCUGGUCGACAUGGAUCCCAGGCAGAUUGUGUCAUGCCUGGACUUCAGAUACAUCACUGACGUGCUGACGGAGGAGGAAGCUCUGGGUGAGACUGGUUCACAUUUAAUGUCCAAGAGAAGCAACAUGCAGAGAUGUUUUCUCUGCUUCCUGUUUUUUCUUCACGCAGAUAUUCUGGUGAAAGCUCGAGAAGGAAAGAAGCAAAGAGAGGAAGAGAUGCUGAGGGAGGGUUACCCAGCGUACACCACGUCCUGCGCGUGGAUCGGAUACUCGGACCAGCAGCUCAGACAGCUCUGCACAGACGCUCUGCAGCGCGGCUGGACCAGGUUCAAGGUGAAGGUCGGGGCCGACCUCCAGGACGACGUACGAAGAUGUCGCCUGAUCAGGGAGAUGAUCGGACCCGACAACGUCAUGAUGAUCGAUGCCAACCAGAGGUGGGACGUGGGCGAGGCCGUCAGCUGGGUGAGCAGUCUGGCGGAGUUCAGGCCUCUGUGGAUCGAGGAGCCCACGUCUCCCGACGACAUCCUGGGUCACGCUGCUGUUUCCAAGGCUUUGGCCCCUCUUGGGAUUGGAGUGGCCACAGGAGAGCAGUGUCACAACAGGGUGAUGUUCAAGCAGUUCCUGCAGGCGUCUGCGCUGCAGUUCGUCCAGAUCGACGGCUGCCGGCUGGGCAGCGUCAACGAGAACCUCACCGUGCUGCUGAUGGCUCACAAGUUUCAGGUACCCGUGUGUCCUCACGCCGGCGGCGUUGGUCUGUGUGAGCUCAUGCAGCAUCUGAUCCUGUUCGAUUACAUCUGCGUGUCUGCAGAUCUCAGCAACAGGAUGUGUGAAUUUGUCGACCACCUCCACGAGCACUUCACCAGUCCGGUGGUGAUCCAGAACGCCCGCUACAUGCCCCCGAAGGAUCCAGGUUAUUCUUGUGAGAUGCUGGAGUCAUCAGUGAAGACACACGAGUACCCCGAAGGAGAAAUAUGGCGGCAGCACAUGAAGAAAUGAGGACUGGUUCAUAAAACAUGUUUUUGCAUUGAUUGCACCAUUUAAAGAUUGUGGAAAAUUAAGCACAGGAAGGAAAUUCUCCCAGAUUUGUAGCUGUUCAUUUUACACUGAGUGGGGCAUUAUGUGAUGUUUAACUCUUGAGUUUCUGCAACAAAGCUUAUUCGUGGGUGUUUCUUCACAGUCCAGUCACCAUCUGACGCUCGAGACGUCAGUCCACUGCUCUGCCUGUAACACUGUAGGAGUAAGCUGACCUUGGAAGAGCUUCAGAUGAAACAUCUGGAAAACACCAGCUGACGCCAGAAAUAUUUUCAAACGAUUCAAAUUUAUACACUCAUAAAUACAUAAAACUAAAGACAUUAUAAAAGUCUGAACUUUCUGGAACAUGUGCAAAUUAAACAUGCAAAAAUAUACCAAAAGAGAAUAUACAGAAGAAGUAGAAAAAAAAAAUCUAUAAAAAUCAGUGACAAGGUUUCAGACA